UUUCUCUCAAAUAUAUUUUGAAUAACAUAUAUAAAAAACAUAACAACAAAAAAGUUUUUAUUUAUUUUGAUAACAAAAUGAAAUUCAAUGCAUUUGUUGCUGUUUUCAACCAAAACUAUUGGACACUAAUUGUAUGGACACUGAUAUUCAUUACGUUUACUACUAUUAAUUCAACUCAAGCCAAACAACACUUCAGCAAACGGCCGGAAGGGACGUAUACAGUACUUAAAGAUCAAACUCUAGUACUACCAUGUGAGGUAAGGGAUCUGGAGGGCAGCUGCCUAUGGCUUCAUAAAUCCCAAGGAAUAGGAGUUAUCAAUGGAAGUUACGAAUAUAAUCGAAACCCAGAUAAUGGCGAUUGUAGUCUUCGUAUAGUCAAAGUAGACUAUAAAGAGGAUAACGGCAAAUGGGAGUGUCAAGUGCUCUCCAUUAAUAAGAUAGAAAAAACGCUCACUUCAGCCGCCAAUGUGGUCGUACUCGUGGCUCCCAGUUCUCCGGUCAUCAAUAAUCUGGAAAACAAUCGAUUGGAUGUGAAUGCCGACCGACAGACCCAAGUUGAGUGUAUAUCCGAAAGAGGAAAUCCUUCGGCACGUCUUGAAUGGUAUAUCAAUGGCGAUAAUGUUACACAAAAUUCACGUACGACCGUAGAUUCGGCCGCAUCGGGAACGCCUAAAGUGACUUCUGUAUUGAACUAUAAUUUCAGACGAAGCUUACGAAAUUCAACCAUCACAUGCCUGUCCAUACAUGAAACGGUUUCUCAAAACAUGUCAGCCCCGAUUAAUGUCAAAUACAUACCGCAAGUUAGUGUACAGCAAAAGAAGUAUACCGUCAAUGAGGGCAGUAGUCUACAGGUGCGAUGCGAUGUUGACGCAAAUCCACCGACAAAUGUUAAAUGGAGAUCAUUAGGUGAUCAAAAUCUACCAUUUCGUGACGACCAUCGGACCAACUCAUUGAUCAUUGAAAGGGUUACCAAACGUAUGAAUACUGCAGUGUUUGGUUGUAGUGCUCAAAAUGAAUUCGGAACUUCAACUGAAGAAAAUAUUGUAUUGGAUGUGCUCUUUGAGCCAACACUAGUCCGCGCUACCGAAGGUCAGGUGACGGCUGAGUUGAAUAAUACGGUCGACCUGUUCUGUGAAUAUGAGGGCAAUCCAAAGCCAAAGAUCUAUUGGUAUCAAAUAAAUCCAUUGACCGAUCAGGUGAAGAAUCGGCCCAUAAAUGGUGAAAAUGCCAACAAUUUAGUCAUACAUAAUGCUACCUAUAAUGACGAGGGUCAUUAUUAUUGCGAAGCUAUCAAUUAUAACGACAUCACCCAUAAAGAAAUGGUCGCCAGAAGUGGCAGAAUUACCGUCGAUAUUACUGGCCGUCCAGAAAUAGUUCGCCGAUCCAAUCCUACUUAUGGCUACCGGAGCACCGAUACCGACAUUGAACAAGUAUUCUGCAGCGAUCCGGCUCCCAGUGAAGUUGUCUGGCUGUUUGGUUCGCUAACCUUCCCCGUCAAUUUGGAUAAUCAGCGUCCCGCGGACAAUGGUCAGGACCCGAAAAAUCCACGAUUUAAAGUCCGUAAACUGGCACCAAUGGAAAGGAUAGAGUGGGGCAAAAACACAUGUUAUCGAUCCGUAUUUACCGUUAUGAACACCGAUGUCAACGAUGAAAGAGAGUACACAUUGAGGGUCACAAACAGUAGGGGAACCUCUGAAAGUGUCAUCCAAUUGAAGGUUACAUCACCCGUUUCGGCCGCCAUUAUGAUAACCAUUGGCCUUAUUGUAUUGAUUAUGUUGUUGGCCCUGACAUUGGUAACCCUAUUAGUAAUCAAACGGCGAAAAUUGGCCAAAGAAAAGACUGACGACGAAAGCAAAGCCGAAGCUCGAGCGCCCAUAAAAUCAGAUACCGAUAGACCAGAGAAAGAGCCCGAAAAAGCCAAAGGGGGCGAAAAUCAUGAAUUAGUUUACGCCAAUCUAGAGUUUGGAAAAUCCGAUAAUAAACAAAAAACGCCGCCAAAAGUUGCCGACAAACCAAAGGCCCAACAGAGACAAUAUAAGGCACAGACCACCAAUAGUCCGGCGGCAGCGGCGGCGGCCAACUCGGGCACAGAAUAUGCACAAAUCACUUUUGCCAAUAAGGCCGACCUAUGACCGGCGGCUGACCAAUGACUGGCCGGCCGGUCUGAUCAACCGUCUGACCACUCCUUGUCUCUCUCUCUCCCCUUAUAUUUCUCUCCCCCAAGAAGUUUACUUAUCUAUUAAUAGUUUAGUACUCUAAUA